UGACAAACUGUCACUGUCAUUUCCAAUCGAAAAAAAAUCGCCCAAAAAUAUUUGGUGCGAUUACGAACACAAUAUUGUGUAAUAUUCCGUAAGCAGAGAUUUAACGAGUAAGAGACGUGACCAGUACUUCGCACGCGUGGUCUUUUAGAAUAUAAGCUAGAAGUGUUAUCUACGAAACCGAUCCGAAAAAACAUUACAUAAUGCCGCUGCUGAGGCUGACGACGGGCACCUUCGGGCAGCUGCGCUCGCUGGCCACGUCCGCCGCGCUCGCCAAGCGCGUCAAGACCUUCUCCGUGUAUCGUUGGAACCCCGACGAGCCCGACAAGAAGCCCACCAUGCAGAACUACGAGGUGGACCUGGACGAGUGCGCGCCUAUGGUGCUGGACGCGCUGCUGAAGAUCAAGAACGAGGUGGACCCCACGCUGACGUUCCGGCGCUCGUGCCGCGAGGGCGUGUGCGGCUCCUGCGCCAUGAACAUCGACGGCGUCAACACGCUGGCCUGCAUCAGCCACAUCGACACGGAUGUCAACAAGCCCUCCAAGAUCUACCCGCUGCCGCACAUGUACGUGGUCAAGGACCUGGUGCCGGACCUCACCAACUUCUACCGCCAGUACCAGUCCAUCGAGCCGUGGCUGCAGCGCGACAAGGAGGCGGCCAAGGGCAAGGAGGUGCAGCUGCUGCAGGACGUGAAGGACCGCGAGAAGCUGGACGGGCUCUAUGAGUGCGUGUUCUGCGCCUGCUGCUCCACCAGCUGCCCCUCCUACUGGUGGAACGGGGACAAGUACCUUGGCCCCGCCGUGCUCAUGCAGGCGUACCGCUGGAUCAUUGACUCGCGUGAUGACGCCACGGCCAAGCGCCUCGACCGCCUCAAGGACACCUACUCCGUGUACCGCUGCCACACCAUCAUGAACUGCACCAGGACCUGCCCCAAGGGACUCAACCCCGGCCGCGCCAUCGCACAGAUCAAGACUCUGCUCUCAGGUAUUGUAAAGAAAGAGACUCCCAUCCUGGACCCGGCAGGCCUGGAGAAGCAGCAGGCAGCUAACCACUAAUGUAAUGACUAUUUAAUGAAGGAUCUAGGCAAUGUCUUUAGAUUAAAGGCUGAAAAGUACUUAAUAAGCACCAACACAGUUUUGUGACUCACAUCUUGUAAAUUACAGACAGGUUUAAGCAAGGUUUGUGCUCUAAUCUUAACUAAUGUCAUUUUAAACCUGAAAUAGUUGACAAUAUAUUGAAAACUCUUUUGAAUUAUGAACUUUGCAACUUUUAUACCCACUUCAUAGAUAUUUUUAUUGGCCUUUCUUUCUAAAGACUAUACAGGAGUAUAAUAAGGAAAGUAUUACUUCAUGACUAUUGCAGAAGUCUAAUUUUAAGUAUUUUGUGAAAACAUACAUUAGUAAGUUAUUUUGCAGUUUUAUUAUCAUGCGGUGUAUUUAUUCUUCAUCCUGUAAAGUGUAACAUUCAGCAUUUUUAGUUAAAUGGAUUAUUCUCGUAAUGAACUUGGCUUGUAAUUUGUUUUAUAAUUAAACAUUUUAUUUCUUUA